AUGUUCAAUAUAAAGCAAACGAAUCCUAUUCGCCGAACGGCCGGUGAAGCCGGGAAGCGUCCUGAAAACCUUCGUUUCGUUUACUUCCUUACUGGGUUCGUCUUUAUUGAUCAAGGUGUCAUGGGAGUCAUCGUAGCGGACGCUAGAUGGAUCCGCCUUAUGAAACCGGCUAAUAGCUGGGUUACGGGAGCGGUAGUAUCGCUUUACGACAUUGGGUGUUUAGUCGGUACUGUGUCCAUAGGCUUUCUUGCCAACCACCGUGGUCGUGAGCGAACAUUAUCAAUCGCCUGCGUAGUUUUUAUCAUUGGUGCUAUACUUCAAUCGGCAUCAUAUAACAUCACCUCUGUUACGGUCGGGCAUGUCAUCUUAGGAUACGGUGUGGGUACAUGCGCCGGCGGUGUGCCGCUAUACGUAUCUGAGAUCGCACCAGCAAAGUUAAGGGAUCGUAUUAUCGGGAUAGAGCAGAUGAUUCUUUGUUUCGGUGAGCUUGUGGCUUUCUGGUUGAAUUAUGGGUUUAACUUUCUGGAAACUCCCAAUUGGUGGCGUAUCCCGCUCGCCAUCCAAGUCGUGCCAGCGGCUAUCUGGGGAGUCGGAUGCUGGUUUUGGGUUCUACCCAGCCCCCGUUGGUUGGUCCAGCAAGAUAGACACCAGUGUGCUCGUGAAGUGCUCGCCCGGCUUCACGGCGAUGAAGUAGCUGAUCUACAAAUGGCAGAGAUAGCCGAGGAGGUAGCCUUUGAGAACGCAAUCACAGGUAUUAACUCGAUAUUAUAUUACACUAUUCCGAUAUUUCUAUUCGACCGUCUUGGACGCAAGAUAUGGCUACGGACAGGCCUGGUAGGAAUGUAUUGUGCGAUGGUAGGCAUCACCGUCUUGCAGUGGCACGCCGAGAGAGAUCCCGACUCCAAUGUAAACUAUGCUAUUAUUGCUUUUCCGUAUUUGUUCUAUGUGUUCUUCGACAUCAGCUGGGGUGUGGGAAGUUGGACAUACGCUACAGAGAUCUUCCCCGUCGUGUAUCGGGCGAAAGGAAACGCCCUUUCAACCGCGAGUCUUUGGCUGAGCUGCUAUGUGGUAGCGCAGGCAAGUCCCCCAAUAGCCGCACCUAUCGGCUGGGGUCUUUAUAUUAUUUAUUCCUGCAUCUGUGUAGUUACAUUUAUAUUCGUACGAUACGCGAUGGUGGAAACGAAAGGGGAGACGAUUGAAGAGAUGUCUGCUCUUUUCGGCAUUGAAAGUAAGUUAGUAAGGAGGAGUGGAAUGGAAGUUGACGGCAAAAUCGGCAUUGCUCACGUUGAAGACUCCAAGAUGAGAUUUGUCUAA